AAUUCGCCAUGUCAUUUCGCCAUGGCCAUGUCACUCGGCGUCGCUCGGUCGAUUUCAUUUGACAAUAUUGUCGAUCAGAUUUGUGCACCGCACAACGUUGCCCUUUCCAGGGAACUCUCAGAGUUCGUAUUUGGUUUAAGAGAGCAACACUUGAGAUGGGCGAAAGUGAGAUCGCUUUGAUGUCAUUAUGAGCAGAAACUCCUCUCAAGGAUCGUGCUCAAGACGAGCAUGUGCUCCUUUGCGGUUGGUCCAGAUCCUUCUGGUUCUUAAUGUCAUCCUUUUUGCAGCCACGGGUGCAUGUUUCUGGUGGUUGUCAUGGCUAACGCUGCAGCAUCAUCAGGUAUCGAAUGCUUUCAACCCUUUUGGACACCUGACAUAUGGAAAGGCACCAAAAAAACUUUUGCCCUUUGUGCCAGGGCCAAGGAAACGAACCAACUUUUUGCAGCGGUCGCACUGUUCCAACAUAGUUCGAGGACCAAUUCCAACCACUCUGCCGACCAAAAAGAAUGCAACGUGCACCUGGCAAAAGUCAAGCAGCAAAAGUUUUUCACAUUUUGCUGGUUCGACCUUGGAAACUUCCAUAGAAGAUGCGAAGCACGAGUGCAUUCAGCUUGGCAAUCUGUGCAGGGGUAUCUCUUGUCGAGGGGAGAAGUGUUUGGCCAUGAUGGGGAAACUGAUCAGGAAUAAUAAGACGACAAGCUUCCUGAAAAUGUGUUUGUAUUCUGGCGAGGCUCUUGAAGACACCAUUCUGCCAGCUGCAUCCAGCAACUCUACCAUUGUAGACGCUGCAGUGGUGGUGCUUGCGCACAACCGCCAGAGUGAUCUUGCGGCGUGUUUGGAUUCACUUCUUCAACUUGAAGACAUGAAGCUGUUUAAAAUUUUUGUAUCGUUGGACGAUGACAGAGCUUACCCCGAGAUGCGGUCAGCUGUCAUUGAACUUUCACAGCGGUACCAGCAAAAAAUUGUGGUUUGGACAGUCUCAGAGCGGAAGGUAGAGGCCAGUGACAACAAAGAGCAGCAAAAGUGGUUUAAAACAAGCACAGGCAAAAUCGCGCACCACUACUGGACAGUUUUUGAGCGGGCGUUUAUGGGUCAGCAGCACGACAUGGUAAUUUUCUUGGAAGAAGACUUGAUUGUGGCUCCUGACUUUCUUACACUGUUUCGAAGCACUGCUUGGCUUCUGAGAGAGGAUCCAAGUAUUUGGUGCGUGAGCGCCUGGAAUGACGUGGGAUUUGCAUUAUCUGCAUCCGAUCAAUGCCGCUUGUUUCGAACGACAUAUUUUCCUGGCCUUGGUUUCAUGCUACCUCGUCAUGUAUGGUUACAGUUGAGGGAGGAGUGGCCAUCUGCACCUACGAUGGGCUGGGACUAUUGGAUGAGAACCGCCUUUCGUCGAGCAGACAAAGAGUGCAUUGUUCCUGAAGUUCCUCGAAGCAGACAUGAAAGCAGAAAAGGAUCGUCUAUUGUCACGCACAAACAGGUCAGGUUUUUUGAGCUUUUCGCCUUCGCAGAGCUAGCAAGUGCUUGUGAUUCCACAGAACCAUGCAACCAAUUUGGAGAUAUUUCGUAUUUGUUGCGGACAAAGUAUGAAUUUUGGAUGCGAACUGCUUUGACUAAAGGUGAAACCAUGAGAGGUGAGAGCCAGCUGGUCCAGAAUGGAUACGAGUGUAGAUCAGAGGCUAUUGACCUUGGACCGCAAAAAUCCACUCAAGAUUGCGCCUUGUUGGUUGGCAUGGGUGACUGCAGUCAAUACUUUGGUUUCCCCAAACAGAACUCGCAUUGGGGCUGCAGAUGCUGCCGUGGCCUUGAACUGGUAGGGAAAGAACAUUCUCAUUGGUCCAUCUACUCUGCUGAAAGGACAGGCGAUCCAGGAAAACUCUAUGUUUAUCCGUACAAAUGGGAGGAGUAUUCACGGAUAGCCAUGUCCUUCGGUUUGCAACCAGAGGGCAUGGAACACAUGAUUCCGCAAGAUGUUCGCGCCGAACAUUAUGGGUUGGUCGUUGGGCGACAUCUUACCUCAGGUGCUGUCGUUCUCCUGGUAGACAAGAGAAGUUCAAAACAAUUUCUCCCUCCUGAUCAGCGGCUGACACGAAGCCUGAAACUGGUGCCUGUGGCAGGUCGUCAAGGUAUGUCCUGUGAGGAGUCAUGCAAGGAAGAUGAAAUGGCUUGUGAUGCUGAUCAGUUUCACUUUUUGAAUGAUUGCCAUAUUUUAACUUCCAGCUUUGGUUGCAAUUUCUGUGCCCAUCAGGCAGGCUUAGAGCUGCCUGCCUAUGUGGUAGACGUCUUUGAACCCACAGUUGGACAGUGUUUGGUCACAUAUAUUUCGCCAUUUCACUGCGCCACCAAGCACCCAUCCACUCGGAGGCUCUGCCCAUGCAUGCCCAUUCCGGGCUCGGAACAGCUGCUUGUGUGAAAA